AUGGCAGCCCAUCCAGAAGAGCAUUAUGAGUCGGUACUUGCCAGUCGUUAUUGUAAACGCAGUCCUCUCAUCGAAAUCCUUUCCGAAAAGACCAAAACGAUUUUGUGGCGGCAAUUGUGGAUAUGGUUGGCUGAAGCAGAGCUAGAAUUGGGUUUAAGACAGAUUACACCUGAAGCAAUAGAACAGAUGAAGGAAAUGCGUGACAACAUCGAUUGGCCAAAAGUCCGUGAAGAAGAACGAAGGUUGAAGCACGACGUCAUGGCUCACAAUCAUGCCUUUGGAGCUAUAUGUCCUAAAGCUGCUGGAAUAAUUCAUCUUGGAGCUACAUCCUGCUUCGUUCAGGAUAAUGCUGAUCUCAUCGUGAUUCGAGACUCGGUCAGACAUCUGCUAUGCAAGUAAGU